CCACAUGCGCUGAGCAGCAGCCUGGACACAGCGAACAAGUGGAGCAGCACUCUGAAGCUUUAUGACUUAUCUACAAAUCCAAUCUGCCUUCUGAAAAUUUAUCCCAUAAGGCGGCUGCCGGAAUUUUCGGAGCCCACAGUAAUUUUCAGGAAACUAUAAAUGGUUGGGAGAGUCGCUGGGUGAAAUCAGAUUGGAAAAAAAGUGAAGGCAAGGCUGGAUACUUUAAGCACACUUCGGGAAACUGGGCUGGAGACCCAGAUGAUAAAGGGAUUCAGACAUACCCAGAUGCCAGGCAUUUUGCAAUAUCAGCAAAAAUUUCAGAGUUCUGUAAUAAGAACAGAACACUUGUGCUACAGUACUCAAUAAAGUUUGAGCAAGACAUUGAAUGCGGGGGCGGUUACAUCAAGCUUCUUUCUGGUUAUGUCAACCAGAAGAAAUUCAGCGGCGAUACACCAUACAGGUCUUCCUCUGCCCCAAAACUUUAAUGUUUGGACCUGAUCUAUGUGGUGCCCAGACAAAGAAGCUUCAUCUGAUAUACUCAUACCAGGGACAGAACUAUCCUAUCAAGAAGGAUCUGCAGUGUGAGACAGAUAAAUUGACACACUUUUACACAUUUAUCCUCAGACCUGAUGCCUCUUACAGUAUCUUGGUUGACAAUCGAGAAAAAGAAUCUGGAAGCCUGUAUUCUGACUGGGAUAUUCUUCCACCUCGUAAGAUUAAAGAAGUAAAUGCCAUAAAGCCUGCAGACUGGGAUGACAGGGAAUACAUCGAUGAUCCUAAUGAUGUUAAACCGGAGGGAUAUGAUUCUAUUCCAGCCGAAAUUCCAAACCCAAAAUCUAAAAAGCCCGAUACAUGGGAUGAAGAUGAAGAAGGAUUAUGGAAGCCACCAAAGAUCCCAAAUCCAGCAUACAAGGGGGCAUGGAGACCAAAGAGGAUCAAAAACCCCAACUACAAGGGAAAAUGGAGGAUUCCCUGGAUCGACAAUCCUGAAUUUGAAGAUGAUCCUGACCUCUAUGUGCUUAAGCCUGUGAAAUAUGUUGCCAUUGAAGUAUGGCAGGUAAAGGCUGGCUCAGUUUUUGACAAUAUUCUUUUAUGUGAUGACCCGGAAUAUGCAAAACAAGUUGUAGAAGAGAUUUGGACGAAAAAUAGAGAGGCUGAGAAGGAGGCCUUUGAGGAAGCAGAGAAAAUAAGACGGGCUAAAGAAGAACAGGAAGCUCAGAGGGCAAGGGAAGAAGGUGAGAGAAGAAAAAGGGAGCGGGGAUAUGACCGUCAUCAUCAUCGAGAGAGGGAUAGAUACCGUGAGAAAUAUCGAAGGCGUGACCGUGAUUUUGAUGAUUAUCAUGAUGAACUGUAAGAGCUGUACAUCAAAAAGCACUGCCUAUCUAUCGUUGGAAAAAGUAAAAAUUGAUGACUUUCAAUUGCUGUGUUAUAUCGCUGAAACCCAUUUUUUUAUGGAAAAUUUGGAAUACUGCGCUUAAUGUUUGAUGUAAUCGGGUAAUCAUGAAUUCAGAGAGGACUCUUUAAGAUGCUAAUUUGUUCUGUGUUUCUUCUCUAAAAGUUGAAACGCAAUUACCCUUUUUGUUUUUUCUCCUGAUUGAAGGUUAAUAUUUAGAGAAGAGGGGUUGAUAUUUGAUUAGUUGAUCUAUUAAUCCGGCAAAUUUAGGUGA